AUGGGGAAACUGGACUCACAGCGUCAGGGCGGCAGCAAGGACAUAGCGAGUCCAGCCAUCCACGGGUUGGAGUUGAUACUCGCUGCUGUUUAUCAGGGAGGUUUCCGCCGCUUGGUUAUAGAUUGUGACGACGAUGAAGUAUGUGGACCAGAAGAGCGUCUUUGCGGUCUGGAAGAUCAGGUAGGUCAGGGGUUGGAGAUUGCGUUUGGCGUAGAGGAGGAUUUCCGUGAGGGUGAGGACAAAGGUCGUGAUGCAGAAGAGGACGUAUACGACAUCGAUGCUAUUGGGAAGGAGACUGCUCUCGCCGAAAGGAGAUGUCUCAACUUGUUCCAAGACAUAGCCAAAAUGGGUGAGUCAACCGAAAGCGAAGGGUUUGAUGAGCAAAACGGGACAUGGAUUGGAUAUGUUUGA